CUAAUAUUAUUUGCUUCGGAUCAGCUGCGCGCUGCUUAGCUUGCCCUGCUUUGCUACCAAGAUAACUUCAUACUGUGUUAACCACAACCCUUGCACGACUGGGGCCAUCACCAUCAGGGACAGGUCUCCUAGAGACAAUACUACUGAUCAGGCCCUAGGGUUUGGAAAAGGAGCAAGAGGUUGUCCGUUUCGCCGCCGGAGCCAAGCGGACGUUGACGCUCAACGGCCGUUCUGCUAGACCUAGGCGAUUGAAGUCGCUCACGCUCAUUUACCCUUUACUCUUAGCAAUACAUCAAGACCAUCAUAUAGCCGUAGGCUCCUCCUUCACUCUUACAGCACCCAAAUGGCGGAGGAUAAGAAAGGGGCUCAUCCCCACGUUUCGCCCGCGCUCAAGGGCUUCGCUGGCUCAAUUGGUGGUGUUGCUGAGGCCGUCUGCCUCCAACCUAUGGAUGUGAUUAAGACGCGUCUGCAGCUCGACAAGGUCGGCAAGUACACAGGCAUCAUCCAGUGCGGCCGCACGAUAGCCAACGAGGAGGGCGUUGCCGCUCUGUGGAAGGGCCUAACGCCUUUCGCUACUCACUUGACGCUCAAGUACGCGCUGCGCAUGGGCUCCAACAGCGUCUACCAGACUUUGUUGCGCGAUGAGAAGGGCAAGCUCACAGAUGGUCGUCGCAUGCUCGCCGGGUUCCUGGCGGGCAUCACCGAGGCCCUCAUUAUCGUGACGCCCUUUGAGGUGGUCAAGAUUCGGCUGCAGCAGCAGAAGGGUCUGGCCAAGGAGAACUUCAAGUACAAGGGUCCCAUCCACUGUGCUACGACCGUGCUACGUGAGGAGGGCAUCCGCGGCAUGUGGGCUGGCGCCACACCAACCAUCAUGCGCAACGGCACCAACCAGAUGUGCCUCUUCUGGGCUAAGAACAACGCCGACGCAUGGCUCUGGGGCAAGCAUGAGGGCGAUGGCAAGAUCCUGACGCCAUGGCAGUCCAUGACAUCAGGCUUCCUCGCAGCCUUCAUCGGCCCUAUCGCCACCGGCCCCUUCGAUGUCGCCAAGACGCGCCUCAUGGCUCAGUCGGGAGCCGCCGACGGGGUCCGCUACAAGGGCUUCUUCGACGCGCUCGUCCGCAUCCCGGCCGAGGAGGGUGUAAUGGCCAUGUGGAAGGGCCUGCUGCCGCGGCUACUGCGCAUUCCGCCGGGCCAGGCCAUUGUGUGGGCUGUCAGCGAUCAGAUCACCGGGUACUUUGAGCAGCAGGCGAUGGUGAAGUCCGGGCAGCUGGCGGCUUGAGCGACAUGGCUGAAGGCUGUUGGGUGGUGACAGGACCUAGGGUGGGUGACGUGACGACCUGUGAGCGUUUGGAGGGUGUACGAGAGAAGAUUAUGUUGUGACAUGAGUGGCGUGAGAGAGGGGGGUGGGGGCGGGGGUGGUUCGGUCAGGUUGCUGGUGGAGAGGAGGCUUGGCGGGAAAGGGCUGGUGUUAGCUCGUGAAGGGGAAGGUGUUGGGUCUUAAAGUGUAUGUAGUGUACCUAGCCGGUGUGCAUGCAAGGGGAUGUGUGUCCUUAUUGUUUAUGGUAUCGACAGUCGUCUGGGCUCUUGCUGGAAGGCGAGACCUAUACGAAGGGCUUAUCGUAUAGCUGUGCCUAAACCUCAGGGGAAAUUCAUGAGCCCCUGUGACUUCUCCUCCUGUUUCCCUGGUUUUAUCCUGGUAUUUCGACGAGUUUGGUUUCGCGCCGCAGGUCCAGCCCGGCUGCAGCUCGGGCUGAUAGGUGGUGGUCGUGAUUUGGUCCCCGCCAGAGGAUUGGCAUGAGGCCUGCGUGCGGCAUGGUUAGUAAAGCAUAACUGCCAAGAGGGGCAGGUCUUCGGCCCCAUCCUCGUUUAUUUGGAUACGUUUAAAAGCUGCAUGCCCUGACUGGGUCUUGGGACAGCUGUAUGGAGUGUCGCUGUAGACGCGCGGGCAGCAUACAUGCCCGUAUGCAUGGUUGGUCGGUGCCCGCAUCUGCAACCAGACGUACGGCGUUAUCGUUACUAGAGGCCUGUCGCGCUGAGGGAUAGGCAGGAUGUAGUUGAGAAGGGCAUGGUUCGACAAUCGCAUAUUCUUUGUUCCUUGUUGCAAAGGACCACAGGCUGGAGAGGCAACUCCUGGUUCCUGCUGCGCCAUGUAACAGUAUUGCCGCUGCCCAUUAUUUAACUCAACGAACUCAGCUGUUACAGCCCUUAAUGCAGCGCCAUCGCAAAAAUAGCAGCGCGACAAAUAGCUUACGGUUGUGGUCGGCUAGCCUGCAGUCAUCGUUGGUCUACAAUUAUACCUGAGAACCUAACCUCGGGGAAGCAUGGGAGUACCCUUAUUAUUAAAGCCACCUGGACUCUUUCUACAUCACCACCGGCGCAGCUGCUGUAGCCAACAGCGCGGGUAUCCAUGGACUACGCUCCCAUGCCAGGCAGGCAACGGCGCAGGGCCUGGACCCAGCAGCGAUGGAGGUAGUUUAUCUGAUAAGUUGCAGCGCGUCCGUCGGCGGCUUGGUCUGCCUUCGGACGGCAGCGCUCCCGGUGCCCCAGGUCCUAGGGUCCCCAAGACCAGGGGCGAGCUCGGAGAGUUGGGCGUGGGCGAGUGGGGCGCCCAGAGCUGGUACGAGGACUGGGACCCCUCGGUGCGCUACUCGCCCCCGCAAGUGGACCGCAUUGCGGACGAGGGGGUUGAGAGGUUCCGCAAGGUCACCCGGAAUGCGGGCCCACGUGACAAGUGGAUCACGCCGCUUCUGGACUGGGAUGCCGUACGAGAGGGUCUCGAUCCAGAUCAGGAGCGCUCCGAGCAGAUGCUCACCGGGGAAGCCCUGGUCAACAAGGAGGAGUCACAGAUUGCCGUACGGUACGUGGCUCGGCUGAUCGGCAUUCCACUAGUCACGGGCUUCGUGGUCAGCCGCGCACUGGCAGACCCCAUCCUCAACUUCACACUUCGUAACAAUCCGCAAGCCUUCGAGCUGUCAGAUCUGCAAAAGGUGGAGGGGGCCAAGGCGGUGCAUGUGGAGGAAACGCGCAUGCGGUUAGACAUGGCCAUCGGUCGCGCGCCCCCCCUGUCAGAGCUCCAGAUGUUCGAACACUUGGCGGAGUUCGCGGCUGAGGUCCAGGAGGAGGAGCGGCACCACAAUGAGACCAUCCUCAUCAACGCCGUCUCUGACUCCAUCUCCUUCCUGACCUUUGUGGGCAUCCUGUCGCAGCCCACAAAGGGCCGUGAUGCGAUGUUCAACACACUGUCGCGGCUGUUUUACGGGCUGAGUGAUAUCGCCAAGGCGGUUAUGAUCAUCCUGGUCGCGGACACGCUGCUGGGGUACCACUCGGAGGAGGGCUGGCACGGGCUGAUUGAGCUGGUGCUGGGGCACUACGGCAUUGAGCCCAGCGAGUCGGGCGUGGUGAUCUUCGUGGGUGUGGUGCCGGUGGUGAUUGACGUGCUGUUCAAGUACUGGAUCUUCAUUGGGCUGAACCGCAUUUCACCAGGAGCUGUGGUCACCAUUAAGCAGGUGGACCGGCACUAAGGCAGGCGAGGGCGGCGCGGUGCGACAGCUAGCGCCCGGCAGCUGUGAGGUGAAUUGUGAGUAGGGUAGAGGAGGUGCUCCAGGAAAGAGGAGGAAGGGAAGGAGCGUCGUGUUCGUGCGAGUACGGUAAGCUGGAGGCGUAUGAGUGAGCAUGGAGAGAUGGCGCAGGCUAUACCACCCACGCAGCUGUGCCUAAGGGACCCGUGGGUUGGUUGGUACGCUGGGGAGCUUUCAUGCAACCUUGCAAAUGACGAAAUGAGUGAUCCAGGUGAGGGGCUUUUGAUAGACUAGAUAAGUGCUACAUGUGCAACUACGGGUCGCCUGCGCAAAGGGUGCAGGGGCGCACUGUACUACCUCCGGCGGGGGCAAAUGGCGACACUGAGUUUGUGAGCUUUGCUUGUGGGUUUAGAAGCGAGUGGAUUUAGAGACUUGAGGGUCUGGUUUGUCAAGGUACCGGUACAUGCCCGUGCCGUCCCGGCCAGUAGCGUUGCUGAUGGUGGCUGGUGCGCUUGGGCGGCCGGUUUCGUCCCAAGAGAGGAGAGGAAGAGAGGAGUGCAACCUGGGUGGGUCGCCAAGUGUGGCGGCUCAACGACGUGUAGAGAGUUAGCCUAGAGUGUUAGCCACACAUGUGUUAUGAACACAGGCCAACUGCUGCCUAAGGUUAUCCCGGCAAUAUACAAGUUACAGUGCGGGCG